AUGGAGAAACCGUCUGAGGGGAAGAGUUUGCUUUCGAAAGGUAAAUUGAUUGCAUUUGACAAACUCAAUGUCAAAAUGGAUCCCAAGGAUGAAAUGUAUUCUUUCGAAGAAGAAGUUCUUCUUCCUCCUCCAUCUGAAGCAGAAUGCAAUCGUACCUUCAGAUGCAUGUUUGCUUGUUGUCGAGAUGGUGAUCAUGGACAUGGCGCUAUCAAAAAUGAUGAGAUGCUUGAAUCAUUUCUGAAUCAUCCUCCAUUGGAAGUUAUGCCAAAUCCAAUCACAAUGGCAAACAUUCAACAACAUCAGCUCCAAGAUGUUGCCCUCAUUCAAAAAUCGCAAAACGCAGCAACUUGGGCUCAAUAUCCCAUCAUGCAAAUUGACAAUCGGAAUGUGAUCUGCUAUCGUGCAGAUUUGAAUAAACCUAACAAAUGGAGAAUUCACUUGCCUGAAACUUUGAUUGCUCCAGUGAUUGUGUGGUAUCAUUUGGUACUUGGACAUCAAGGUACUACCUCUUUGUACAAUACAAUCGUCCGACAAUUCUAUGCUCCUGCUUUGAAAAGAAAAGUUUAA